CUCGAAUUCUAUUUCUAUUAUUGUUCUGUAUUAACUCCCAGCUAACUAUUCAUCUAUACAAUGAUCCCAGCCUUCAUGAUACUAAAAUGCUCUAAAAUGAUCGACAACCCAAGCGGUGAACCGUAAUUUACCAUUGUUUCGGAUUUCGUGGCUGUGGUGGUUUGCUAUACGUGGUAAUCCCAUUACUGUAUGACGCGCAAAUUCCGCUUCAACAUCGACAACAUUUUGUCCAUCCAUACGGAGGUACAAUCCGCAGCUAUUCCUCAAGGCUAGUGCUCGAGACCAGUCGCUGCUCGAGUCAACCAACAAAUCAGUAUCUCUAUCUUUCACAAAUCACAUACUACAUCGCUCCCCGCCCCCACACAUGCUCCAACGAUGGCUUCGCCAAAGCCCCGGAGCUGCCCGCUUUCUUAGAGGCUCAUGUUGUCGCGGCCCCCAGUCUGGCUCCCUCCGGCAUAGCCCUCUACCAACCGCACCUCAUCGUUGCAUUAGAUCGCUACAGACAUCAGCUACAGAAUCCAAGGAACGCAUACCAUUGCGGAAGCAGCUGAAACAAGACGCAAAGGCUCUGAAAGCUCAGAAGAGACAGAAGAGGGAAAGCGAGGAAGCGUCCCGGCAAAAGUGGGAGUUGACUGUUGGCAUUGAGAUCCACGCCCAGUUGAACACUGAAACCAAGCUAUUUUCGAUGGCCUCUACGUCGAACACCGACACCCCCAACUCAAAUGUUGCUCUCUUUGACCUGGCGUUUCCGGGCAGUCAGCCGGAAUUCCAAGCUACGACUUUGUUACCCGCCCUGCGCGCUGCGAUUGCCUUGAACUGUGACAUCCAACCAGUCAGUCGGUUCGAUCGAAAACACUACUUCUAUCAGGAUCAACCUGCGGGGUAUCAGAUCACACAGUACUACGGUAGCUUCCUCUCCUCCGCGGUCGGUGGCGAUUACGGAUCUGACAUUGACAUAGAACCGUUCGCCAAAAACGGCUACGUGGAUCUCUUUCAACAUGACGGCAUUGCACCUGAGGACGGCGACCAUGUUCGUAUCGGCAUCAAACAGAUCCAGCUCGAACAAGACACCGCCAAGUCUCAGGAAUAUCCUCCCUCCACUCAACUUCUCGACUUCAACCGAGUAUCCCAUCCCCUCAUUGAGAUCAUCACCAUGCCGCAGAUCCACACUCCUGCCACCGCCGCAGCAUGUGUUCGGAAGAUUCAGGCCAUUCUACAAUCCUGCAGUGCUGUGACUACCGGUAUGGAACUGGGUGGACUGCGAGCGGACGUGAAUGUCUCAAUUCGCCGCCGGGACGAGGCUCCCGGCACCCAUCAGUACGGGGGCAUCGUGGGGCUGGGCCAGCGCACCGAGAUCAAGAACCUCAGCAGCUUCAAAGCGGUCGAAGACGCCGUCAUAGCGGAGAAGAACCGUCAGAUCGCCGUCCUCGAAAGCGGAGGCGUCAUAGAAGGCGAGACGCGAGGCUGGACUAUCGGAAGCACCGAGACUCGGAAACUCAGAGGUAAGGAAGGCGAAGUGGACUAUCGCUAUAUGCCGGACCCGGAUCUCCCUCCGCUGAUUAUCGGUCACGACCUCGUGUCCGGUCUGAGAGAUUCGCUUCCGACGCCUCCGGAUCAGUUGAUCGGCAUGCUGGCUGGCCCAGAGUAUGGACUCUCGAUCGAGGAUGCAAAGCCGUUGAUUGAGCUGGACGACGGAGCGAGGUUGGAAUACUACCAGGAUGUGGUAGACAUUCUGCGGGACCUGCAGCAGGACCACGAUGCCAAGUCUCAUGCGGGUCUUGCGCGAGCGGCUGGCAACUGGGUGCUACACGAGCUGGGAGGCCUCUGGGCCAAGGCGGACUUGACUUGGGAUGCGCAACGAGUACCCGCCGAGACCCUUGCGCAAAUCAUCGAUCAGCUGCAGCGAAAACGCAUCACGGGGGCCACCGCCAAGCAGGUGCUCGUCAUGGUCUUCGAUGGUGAUCGUCGACCUGUUCCUCAGCUCCUCGAGGAAGAGAAUCUACUCCUUCGUCCGCUGUCCCGGGAGGAGUACAUUGCUCUGGCGGAAGCAGCCGUCAGUCAGAACCCGCAGAUGGUCGAGCAGAUCCGCGCCAAGAACCAGCUGGGUAAGCUAGGCUGGUUUGUCGGACAGAUGAUGCGCAUGGGCGAGAAAGGCCGGGUAGAAGCUCAGAAAGCGGAUGAGAUUCUGAGAGAGCUUAUCCUCGGGAAGUCAGAUCAGCCGUAGCAGCUCCUUCACAAUGUGUACUUUAUAUAGCAUGUAAUCUAUGAAUGAUACCCCUUGU